ACAUAACAAACCCCACUAGAAUUUCUAUCAACUAUUCAGACCAUUUUCCAAAUCCAAAUCCUCAACAAGCAACCCUUCACGUUCAACAAGUGCCUAUACCUGCUUUAACAUACCCAAGUUCUCGGGCCGGCAUUGUAAAUAAUCCAACUUAAAACAUGGCCCCAGUCGUCCCCUCCAAACGGCGCUCCCUCCGCGCCAAACUCGCCGCCCGCUCUGGACCAGAGCCAUACGCUCCGCGCAAAGCACCGCGGCCUGACGCCGUCGGGACAAGCGACUCGUUCUCCAAUUCCAAGAAAGACAAGCGGACCAUCAAGCACGCGUCCUUCGUCUCGCGCAUCGAAAAGGCGAACCAGAAAGCGCCCAAACGCAGGCGGCCGAACAACAAGCUCGUGGCGAAUCUCGAUUCGCUGGCGGAUGCGCUGCCGGAUUUAUUGGUAGAUGGGGAGACGGAGGAGGGGCUGAGACAGAUGAGGGAGGGGAAGAUUAGGCAUCGGAGCUUGAAGAGUCGGCCUGGGGCGCUGAAGAGGAAGGAGAGGAUUGUGAAGGGCGAGGUGGAGAGGUUUGGGGUUAGUCUUGCGAGACUGAGUGCUGUUGCGGAGAAGGAGGUGCAGAUGGAUGUUGAGCAGGGCGGGAAAGAAAAUACCAUGAUGGAGACUCGGGAUGCGACGACUGUGCCGGCACCGGCACCAGCGCCUGUGUCGACGACGAAUCGCUGGGCGGCACUGCGAGGCUUCAUCUCGGCGACUAUGGAGCAGAAUCCGGCGUUUGUGGGGAAGCAGGAUGGGAAAUGAAGGGGGUCACAGCAACACCAGUGAAUAGUGAACAAUCACUCCAAGACGGUCGGGACACGAGAGUACCUAAUGGCUGAUGUUAGCCACAAAUCGAGGGAACAAGUGUACAGGCCUUGCUGUUCUAUCCGCAAGCAAGUUUGAUACAAUCUUAAUAUCCCUUAUCGGACAACCAACGAGGGACUAUGUAUAGGAUUUAUCUAUCCGUCCCGGCCUCGUUGGUCCGUCUUAGGGGAACGAAUAUUGCUACACCAUUGAAUCUGCCAUGUUGGCUUGCCAGUUAUGAUGUGCCAAUAAGGCGUACGCCGUACGAAACUCCACGAGGGUGUUUUACUAUGUAUGGGGUAGCUGGUAGUACUUAAAGCGUUGGUGGACGUCCAGAAGCAGUAUCACUAAGACACCUAUUCUAGUUACGAUGGCUUCAUAUUAAUCUGGAGUUCGGAGUUGUGCUUAUCAUUGAAGUAACUUCAACGGUUUCUCGCCGAAAUAUAGGUAACGACGUGUUUGUUAUAUUCGCUACCUAUCAACGCUUUUGAGGGCUCAGUCCCUAGCUAGAAGGAUAUCAUAUGUCACGCUAUAAUUCACUUUAUCCUGGUCAUCAUGC